AUGUACGAUUACAAAGGCCCUUAUGCUCUCAACAAAACGUUCCAAGAGGAGAUGCUUCUUGAUCAUAACAGAAAACGAGCCAGACAUGGUGUUGAUCCACUCAAGUGGUCAGCUAAUUGCUUCAACUUUGCUUCAGCCUAUGCAUCUCAGUACGAUUGUUCUGGAAAACUAAUACAUUCAGGUGGAAGUUUUGGUGAAAACCUAGCAUAUGGCUAUACUCCAUUAGGGGCCAUGAAUGCGUGGUAUAAAGAAGGAGAAGAGUAUAUUUACGGAACUGAGUCGAUAUAUAAUCAUUUCACGGCUAUUGUAUGGAAGAGCACUACUGAAGUAGCAUGUGCAUAUCGUCAAUGUCCAAGAGCAAGAUAUAUAAUCUGUUCUUAUAGUCCUCAUGGUAAUGUUAUUGGUCAUAGUACCAUGAAUGUUUUUGCUCCAUUAUAAAGUGUAUAUUUAUUUAGAAAUUUAUAAGUGAUCACACAAGAUCUUUUCUUCUAAUUCGUGAUAAUUGACAAAGAAUGACUUGAAUAAAUCAGUCAACUUCACAAUAUCAAAAGUACCUCCUGUCUCUCUAAUCGAAUGCAUCGACAAUUGUGGGUUACCCAAGUCCAAGGUACGAAUACCUAAUUUGGCAGAAAGAAUUGGACCAAUUGUAGACCCACAUGGAGAGUCGUUUCUAACGACAAACAAUUGUAAUGGAACUUGAACUCUAUCAGCGACCUUCUUUAAGAGGACAAUACCUGGUGAGUUGGUAGCAUAUCUUUGAUUAGCAUUGAUUUUGAUAACUGGUCCCAAGUUCAAUUGUGGACGGUUUUGUCCUUCAUAUUUGUCGCCAUAGUUUGGAUGGACACCAUGGGCCAUGUCUGAGGAUAACAAGAACGAUUUUGCCAUUGUUUCGUGGAAGUAGUCAACUUGACCAUGUUUACCAUUGUUGAAAUCAAACUUGGUAAGACGGUUAAUUAUAUCAGGAAGGAAUGUGGAAUCGGCACCUUGAGCAGAUCUACUACCAAUCUCUUCGUGGUCAAACAAGGAAAUCAAUUGAAUACCGUUUUGUUGUUCCAAUUCUGUACUAGAUUCAAUUAAACCUCUAGUGGAGGUGAAACAAGAAACCAAAUUGUCAAGUCUUGGAGAAAAGAUAAAUUCGUCAUUCAAACCACCAAUGACUGAUUUCUGGUGGUCGUACAAUACUAAUUCAAAAUCUUCAAUUUGAGAGGGGAUAACAUUAAGUUCACUAGCAAUCAAGUUGAUCAAGGAUUCAUUAUGUCUAGAGAUGACAUUUUGAACAGAUUCAAAUUGUUCAGGAGUCAUUUGUAAUUCUGGAUCAUCAGCGCAAGUCUUUUUCUUUUCUUCCUUUUCUUGUUCAUUCUUGUCCAAGGCUAAUUGUCCAGCAAUAGGAACCAAUUUGGUUUCCUUGUUAAACUCAAAUUUAGUGUUAACUUCUCUAUCCAAAUGAAUUGCCAAGGUUGGAAUUCUCAACAAUGGUUUGUCGACCUUAACCAACUUAGGAACGUAUUUGCCGUCUUCAUUGACGUAGACCCUUCCCGCAAUGGAUAAAUCACGAUCAAACCAGGAAUGAGCAAUCAACCCGCCAUAUUGUUCAACACCAACUUGAAUGAAUCCUUCGGAGGUUUUGUUGGAAAUUGGUUUGAUACGAAGACAUGGGGAGUCGGUAUGGGCACCAACAAUAGCGAUACCAUCUCCAUUUUGGAAUUUACCUCCAACAGUAAAGGCAAUUAAGGAAGAUCCGUUACGGGUAACAUAGUACUUACCACCACGAGAAACAGGGUUGGAUUGGGCAAACCAAUUGGAACGUUCAUGGAGUUCGACGAAUCCAGCAGCUGCAAGGUGGGAUUUCACAGUGUUGACAGCAUGGUAUGGGGUUGGUGAAGCGUUGACAAAAUCAACAAAUUCCUGAGCAUAUUUCAAUGCUCGUGUAAGGUCUUUAGUGGACAUGAUGGGAUGUAACCAAUGUUGUUGUAAAAAAAAAAGGUCAGGUACAGAAGAAGGAGAAAGAAGUC